AUGGUCGGCAAAGACUGCGUGGCCAUCGCGUGCGACCUGCGGCUCGGUCUCCAAGCUCUCACCGUCAGCAACAACUUCCCCAAAAUCUUCUCCUACGGCUCGCAAGUGCACCUCGGCCUCACCGGCCUCGCCACCGACGUCUCCUCCGUCAGCGAGCUCUUCCGAUACAAGGUGAACAUGUACCGGUUGCGGGAGGAGCGCGACAUCAGCCCGCAGACGUUUGCGAAUCUGGUGAGCAGUAGCUUGUAUGAGAGGAGGUUUGGGCCGUGGUUUGUGAGCCCGGUGGUGGCGGGGAUCAAUCAGACGGAUGGGAAGCCGUUCAUUUGCGGUUUCGACUCUAUCGGCUGCAUCGACUUCGCAAAGGACUUCAUCGUCUCCGGCACAGCAUCCGACCAACUUUUCGGCACAUGCGAAGGCCUAUGGGAGCCCAAUCUCGGACCAGAGGACCUCUUCGAGACGAUCUCACAAGCACUGCUCAACGCCGUCGACCGCGAUGCGCUGUCAGGGUGGGGUGCACACGUCUACAUCAUCGAGAAGGACAAGGUGACCAAGAGGCUAUUGAAGGGACGACAGGAUUAG